AUUCCUGCUGCUGAGAAAGUGGGAAAACAGUUAUAUUCCCUUGCAUUUUAGCGAAGAGAAACUAGACCUGCAGAUGAGUACCUUUCUGUUUCCAUAUAAACAGAGGAAUUCUGCACAACCCAAAUCACGCAGAAACCUCCUGGUAAGGACUUCACGGGUAGUUAUUGCCGGCAUUGUAUUCUGAGAGAUGAGCUUCCUUUCACUUCUGGAAAUGCCUUAAAUUAAAACUCAUCUUGAAACAACAUGACGUCUCAACGAGGCUGCCUUCUCACCUUGGAACAUCAGCUUUUAAAAUAAAGGUGUCAUGAGAAGUGUGGAGACACCCACUGCAUCACAACUGGAAUCAAUCUCUGCUUAUGCCAACCUAGGUCUGCCGAGCAGGGUAAGUCUACUGCUCGAAAGCGGCACAGAGGAAAUCCUCCCUCCCCUGGGUUCAGGCCCGGAGUUACGAGCGGAGAUUCGCGGCGGCGUGCCAGAGCCCAGAGCAAACCCGGCUGGGGAACGCACCUCGCCCGCGGCUCCGGAAGCGGCUGCCGCCCCGACCGGAAAGCCCCCAGCAUCGCCCGCAGGAAUAGCUGCCCGCCUGCGGCUCCAGCCCGGCCUCGGGUACCACGCGCCUAGUGGGAAGCGGCACUAACGCCUGCAGCAUCUCGCGAGAUUUCGGGCUCAGCCCAAGUACUGCGAGUUCAUCAAAGGCGAGGAAAAAAAAAAAAAAAAACAAAGCCAGCGGGCGAGAGCCUCUGAAGUCGCGGCUGGGGCGCUGGGAUGGCAGCUGCCGCGGGAGCAUCAGCUACCGGCGUGAGGCAAGGCAGGGCCCGCGCGCCGUCCGCAGCCCCGUUGCCUGGGCUGCCGGUUCACUGACGCGCGGCCCCCGGGUGAAGAGAAGGGAGGCGGGCUGGGAGCCCGCUCCUUUUCGCCGCAGAGCGCGGCGGGGGAGGGAGGUGAAGGCGUGGGAGGAGGCGACGGAAGAGGAGGUAGCGGCGCGGAGAUCCUCCCGGCGACACCACUGAGGCGGAGCGCGGCCGCGCCUGCUCCCAGAUCGCGCCGUUCGUGCUGUCCGCCCUGCCCGAGGCCCGGCGCGGGCUGGCUGGCUGCGAUCCUGGCACCGGCCGCUUUCGCGUGGGGUCGCGCAGGAGCAGCUGAGGGCCGGAUCGCUGAGUGAGCGUCAGCUGCGCGCCGCUGAGGGACCGUGGGUGGGCGGGCUGAGGGGCGGAGGAGCCUCCGGCCCCGCCUCCCGCGUGCUGCUGCCGGAGCCGCAGCAGCCACAGCCCCGCGGAGGCUUUAAACAGCGGGGCCCGCCCCGCGCCCGCCACACUCGCGCGUUCGCUUGGCUGCCAGGGGCGUCUGUGCCGUCCCGGCUAGCGGCGGCCCGCGGGCAGCGGGGAGAAAGACUUCCUCACCCGGCCUUGCGGCCGUGGCCACCGCCGGCCAGGGGUGCGGAGGGCGUGCUGCCGGAGACGUCCGCCGGACUCUGCAGUUCCGCCGGGGGUCGGGCAGCGAUGGAGCCGGUGCCCACGGCGCCCUCCUCCGGCGCCCCGGGACUGGCCGGGGUCGGAGAGACGCCGCCAGCCGCUGCGCUGGCCGCCGCCAGGGUGGAACUGCCCGGCACGGCUGUGCCCUCGGUGCCGGAGGAUGCUGCGCCCGCGAGUCGGGACGGCGGCGGGGUCCGCGGUGAGGGCGCUGCGGCGGCCGGGGACGGGCUGGGCAGACCCUUGGGGCCCACCCCGAGCCAGAGCCGUUUCCAGGUGGACUUGGUUUCCGAGAACGCCGGGCGGGCCGCUGCUGCUGCGGCGGCGGCGGCGGCAGCAGCGGCGGCUGGUGCUGGGGCGGGGGCCAAGCAGACCCCCGGGGACGGGGAAGGCAGCGGCGAGAGCGGGCCGGCUAAAGGCAGCGAGGAAGCCAAGGGCCGCUUCCGCGUGAACUUCGUGGACCCGGCUGCCUCCUCGUCGGCUGAAGACAGCCUGUCGGAUGCUGCCGGGGUCGGUGGCGACGGGCCCAACGUGAGUUUCCAGAACGGCGGAGACACGGUGCUGAGCGAGGGCAGCAGCCUGCACUCCGGCGGCGGCGGCAGUGGGCACCACCAGCACUACUAUUAUGAUACCCACACCAACACCUACUACCUGCGCACCUUCGGUCACAACACCAUGGACGCUGUGCCCAGGAUCGAUCACUACCGGCACACAGCCGCGCAGCUGGGCGAGAAGCUGCUCCGGCCUAGCCUGGCGGAGCUCCACGACGAGCUGGAAAAGGAACCGUUUGAGGAUGGCUUUGCAAAUGGGGAAGAAAGUACUCCAACCAGAGAUGCUGUGGUCACAUAUACUGCGGAAAGUAAAGGAGUCGUGAAGUUUGGCUGGAUCAAGGGUGUAUUAGUACGUUGUAUGUUAAACAUUUGGGGUGUGAUGCUCUUCAUUAGAUUGUCAUGGAUUGUGGGUCAAGCUGGAAUAGGUCUAUCAGUCCUUGUAAUAAUGAUGGCCACUGUUGUGACAACUAUCACAGGAUUGUCUACUUCAGCAAUAGCAACUAAUGGAUUUGUAAGAGGAGGAGGAGCGUAUUAUUUAAUAUCUAGAAGUCUCGGGCCAGAAUUUGGUGGUGCAAUUGGUCUGAUCUUCGCCUUUGCCAACGCUGUUGCAGUUGCUAUGUAUGUGGUUGGAUUUGCAGAAACUGUGGUGGAGUUGCUUAAGGAACAUUCCAUACUUAUGAUAGAUGAAAUCAAUGAUAUCCGAAUUAUUGGAGCCAUUACAGUGGUGAUUCUUUUAGGUAUCUCAGUAGCUGGAAUGGAGUGGGAAGCAAAAGCUCAGAUUGUUCUUUUGGUGAUCCUACUUCUUGCUAUUGGUGACUUUGUCAUAGGAACAUUUAUCCCACUGGAGAGCAAGAAGCCAAAAGGGUUUUUUGGCUAUAAAUCUGAAAUAUUUAAUGAGAACUUUGGGCCAGAUUUUCAAGAGGAAGAGACUUUCUUUUCUGUAUUUGCCAUCUUUUUUCCUGCUGCAACUGGUAUUCUGGCUGGAGCAAAUAUCUCAGGUGAUCUUGCAGAUCCUCAAUCAGCCAUACCCAAAGGAACUCUCCUAGCCAUUUUAAUUACUACAUUGGUUUACGUAGGAAUUGCAGUAUCUGUAGGUUCUUGUGUUGUUCGAGAUGCCACUGGAAACGUUAAUGACACUAUUGUCACAGAGUUAACAAACUGUACUUCUGCAGCCUGCAAAUUAAACUUUGAUUUUUCAUCUUGUGAAAUCAGUCCUUGUUCCUAUGGCCUAAUGAACAACUUCCAGGUAAUGAGUAUGGUGUCAGGAUUUACACCAUUAAUUUCUGCAGGUAUCUUUUCAGCCACUCUUUCUUCAGCAUUAGCAUCCCUUGUGAGUGCUCCCAAAAUAUUUCAGGCUUUAUGUAAGGACAACAUCUACCCAGCUUUCCAGAUGUUUGCUAAAGGUUAUGGGAAAAAUAACGAACCUCUUCGUGGCUACAUCUUAACAUUCUUAAUUGCACUUGGAUUUAUCUUAAUUGCUGAACUGAAUGUUAUUGCUCCAAUUAUCUCAAACUUCUUCCUUGCAUCAUAUGCAUUGAUCAAUUUUUCAGUAUUCCAUGCAUCACUUGCAAAAUCUCCAGGAUGGCGUCCUGCAUUCAAAUACUACAACAUGUGGAUAUCACUUCUUGGAGCAAUUCUUUGUUGCAUAGUGAUGUUUGUCAUUAACUGGUGGGCUGCACUGCUAACAUAUGUGAUAGUCCUUGGGCUAUAUAUUUAUGUUACCUACAAAAAACCAGAUGUGAAUUGGGGAUCCUCUACACAAGCCCUGACUUACCUGAAUGCACUGCAGCAUUCAAUUCGUCUUACUGGAGUGGAAGACCACGUGAAAAACUUUAGGCCACAGUGUCUUGUUAUGACAGGUGCUCCAAACUCACGUCCAGCUUUACUUCAUCUUGUUCAUGAUUUCACAAAAAAUGUUGGUUUGAUGAUCUGUGGCCAUGUACAUAUGGGUCCUCGAAGACAAGCCAUGAAAGAGAUGUCCAUCGAUCAAGCCAAAUAUCAGCGAUGGCUUAUUAAGAACAAAAUGAAGGCAUUUUACGCUCCAGUACAUGCAGAUGACUUGAGAGAAGGUGCACAGUAUUUGAUGCAGGCUGCUGGUCUUGGUCGUAUGAAGCCAAACACACUUGUCCUUGGAUUUAAGAAAGAUUGGUUGCAAGCAGAUAUGAGGGAUGUGGAUAUGUAUAUAAACUUAUUUCAUGAUGCCUUUGACAUACAAUAUGGAGUAGUGGUUAUUCGCCUAAAAGAAGGUCUGGAUAUAUCUCAUCUUCAAGGACAAGUUGAGGAAGAGGAUGGCAAGACUGCAACUCAACCACUGUUGAAAAAAGAAUCCAAAGGCCCUAUUGUGCCUUUAAAUGUAGCUGACCAAAAGCUUCUUGAAGCUAGUACACAGUUUCAGAAAAAACAAGGAAGGAAUACUAUUGACGUCUGGUGGCUUUUUGAUGAUGGAGGUUUGACCUUAUUGAUACCUUACCUUCUGACUACCAAGAAAAAAUGGAAAGACUGUAAGAUCAGAGUAUUCAUUGGUGGAAAAAUAAACAGAAUAGACCAUGACCGGAGAGCGAUGGCUACUUUGCUUAGCAAGUUCCGAAUAGACUUUUCUGACAUUAUGGUCCUAGGAGAUAUCAAUACCAAACCAAAGAAAGAAAAUAUUAUAGCUUUUGAGGAAAUGAUUGAGCCAUACAGACUUCAUGAAGAUGAUAAAGAGCAGGAUAUUGCAGAUAAAAUGAAAGAAGAUGAACCGUGGCGAAUAACAGAUAAUGAACUUGAACUUUAUAAGACCAAGACAUACCGGCAGAUCAGGUUAAAUGAAUUAUUAAAGGAACAUUCAAGCACAGCUAAUAUUAUCGUCAUGAGUCUCCCAGUUGCACGAAAAGGUGCUGUGUCUAGUGCUCUCUACAUGGCAUGGUUAGAAGCUCUAUCUAAGGACCUACCACCAAUCCUCCUAGUUCGUGGGAAUCAUCAGAGUGUCCUUACCUUCUACUCAUAAAUGUUCUAUACAGUGGACAGCCCUCCAGAAUGGUACUUCAGUGCCUAGUGUAGUAACUGAAAUCUUCAAUGACACAUUAACAUCACAGUGGCGAAUAGUGACUUUUCUUUCACGAUUUCAUUAAUUUGAAAGCACACAGGAAAGUUGCUCCAUUGAUAUGUGUAUGGAGACUUCGGUUUUAGUCAAUUCCAUAUCUCAAUCUUAAUGGUGAUUCUUCUCUGUUGAACUGAAGUUUGUGAGAGUAGUUUUCCUUUGCUACUUGAAUAGCAAUAAAAGCGUGUCAACUUUUUGAUUGAUGAAAGAAGUACAAAAAGCCUUUAGCCUUGAGGUGCCUUCUGAAAUUAACCAAAUUUCAUCCAUAUAUCCUCUUUUAUAAAUUUAUAGAAUGUCAAACUUUGCCUUCAACUGUUGUUUUUAUUUCUAGUCUCUUCCACUUUAAAACAAAAUGAACACUGCUUGUCUUCUUCCAUUGACCAUUUAGUGUUGAGUACUGUAUGUGUUUUGUUAAUUUUAUAAAGGUAUCUGUUAGAUAUUAAAGGUGAGAAUUAGGGCAGGUUAAUGAAAAAUGGGGAAGGGGAAAUGGUAACCAAAAAGUGACCCCAUGGUAAGGUUUAUAUGAGUAUAUGUUAAUAUAAAGCUAGGAAAAAAAGCCCCCCAAAUGCCUUUUUAACCCCUCUGAUUGGCUAUUAUCACUAUAUUAUUAUCUCUUGAAACCUUAGGGAAGAUUAAAGAUUCAUCCCAUACUUCUGUAUACCAUGCUUAAAAACGUCAUUCUUUAAACAAAAAUACUCAAGAUCAUUUAUAUUUAUUUGGAGAGAAAACUGUCCUAAUUUAGAAUUUCCCUCAAAUCUGAGGGACUUUUAAGAAAUGCUAACAGAUUUUAUGGAGGAAAUUUAGACAAAGCAAUGUCAUUUAAUAGAGUAUUUCAAUAUUUAAGUGGAAUUUCAGUAUACUGUACUAUCCUUUAUAAGUCAUUAAAAUAAUGUUUCAUCAAAUGGUUAAAUGGACCACUGGUUUCUUAGAGAAAUGUUUUUAGGCUUAAUUCAUUCAACUGUCAAGUACACUUAGUCUUACUACACUCAGGUUUGAACAGAUUAUUCUGAACAUUAAAAUUUAAUCCAUUCUUAAUACUUUAAAACUUUUGUGUUAAGAAAAACUGCCAGUUUGUGCUUUUGAAAUGUCUGUUUUGACAUCAUAGUCUACUAGUACAAUUUUGACAGUGCAUAUGUACUGUUACUAAAAGCUUUAUAUAAAAUUAUUAAUGUGAAGUUUUUCAUUUAUAAUUCAAGGAAGGAUUUCCUGAAAACAUUUCAAGGGAUGUCUACAUAUUUGUAUGUGUGUGUGUAUAUAUGUAUAUGCAUACACAGAUGCAUAUGUGUAUAUAUAAUGAAAUUUAUGUUGCUGGUAUUUUGCAUUUUAAAGUGAUCAAGAUUCAUUAGGCAAACUUUUGUUUAAGUAAACAAGUUCAAAAUCAGAUUAACAGAUACAGGUUUCAUAGAGAACAAAGGUGAUCAUUUGAAGGGCAUGCUGUAAUUUCACACAAUUUUCCAGUUCAAAAAUAGAGAAUACUUCGCCUAAAGUACUGUUAAGUGAGUCAAUUGAUACAAGUUUCUGUGGUGGAAAAUUUAUGCGGGUUUUCAUGAAUUUUUUUUUUUUUUUUUUUUUUUGAGACGGAGUCUGGCUCUGUUGCCAUGCUGGAAUGCAGUAACGUGAUCUCAGCUCACUGCAACCUCCGCCUCCCCAGUCAGUUCAAGCAAUUCUCCUGCCUUAGCCUCCCUAGUAGCUGGGACUACAGGAGCACGCCACACCAUGCCCAGCUAAUUUUUGUAUUUUGAGUAGAGACGGGGUUUCACCAUACUGACUAGGAUGGUCUCUCUUGACCUUGUGAUCUGCCUGCCUCGACCUCCCAGAGUGCCGGGAUUACAGGCGUGAGCCACUGCGCCCGGCUGGUUUUCAUGAAUCUUGAUAGACAUCUAUAACGUUAUUUUCAGUGGUGUGCGGCAUUUUUGCUGCAUGAGUAUGAGCUAGGUAUAGAGAUCUGAUAACUUGAAAUCAGAAUAUUAAGAAAAUGAAGUAACUGAUUUUCUUUAAAAAAAUUUCUACAUUUUAACUCACAGCAUUGUUCCAUUGCAGGUUUUGCAAUGUUUGGGGGUAAAGACAGUAGAAAUACUAUAUUAUUCAGUAAACAAUAACGUGUGAACUUUAAAAAUGGAUAACAGGGCAUGGACUGAGUGCUGCUAGCUUGAAAUGUGCACAGGUACACUUACUUUUUUUAAAGUUUUUCCCAUUCAGGAAAACAACAUUGUGAUCUGUACUACAGGAACCAAAUGUCAUGCGUCGUACAUGUGUGUAUAAAGUACAUAAAAUGUAUCUACAUAUUCAUAAUGUGGGCUGGGUAAUACUGUCUGUGAAAUAAUGUAAGAAGCUUUUCACUUAAAAAAAUGCAUUACUUUCACUUAACACUAGACAUCAGGUCGAAAAUUUGCAAGGUUGUUAUAGUACUUAUUUCAGCAAUUCUUAGAGAUGCUAGCUAGUGUUGAAGCUAAAAAUAGCUUUAUUUAUGCUAAAUUUUGAUUUUUGUGCGAAAUUUUUUUUAGUUCUAAUCAUUGGUGAUAGCUUGGAAAUAAAUAAUUAUGCCAUGGCAUUUGACAGUUCAUUAUUCCUAUAAGUAAGAAUUCAGUGAGUUUAAAGAGAAGGUGGUGUUAAGCUGAUUAUUAACAGUUACUGAAAUCAACUAUUUAUUUGUUACAUUAUUCCAUUUGUAUUUUAGGUUUCCUUUUACAUUCUUUUUAUAUGCAUUCUGACAUUACAUAUUUUUUAAGACUAUGGAAAUAAUUUAAAGAUUUGAGCUCUGGUGGAUGAUUAUCUGCUAAGUUUGAAAAUGUAAUAUUUUGAUAAUACUGUACUAUAACUGUCACACAAAUGCUUUUCUAAUGUUUUAACCUUGAGUAUUGCAGUUGCUGCUUUGUACAGAGGUUACUGCAAUAAAGGAAGUGGAUUCAUUCAACCUA